AUGGCGGCGGGUCAGUUUGGCACGGCGGCGAUGGUUAAGGUCCUCGUGCUGGCAAAGGCAGAUCUCAAUCUGCAGAUGAAGAAUGGUUGGUGCGCCGUCAUCGCCGCAGCACAGUUUGGCACGACCGCUAUGGUGCAAGAGCUCGUGGAAGCGAAGGCCAACGUCAACUUGCAGACUGAAAAUGGUUGGUCUGCGCUGAUGGCUGCUGCUUUGGGGGGUAAUGCCGCGAUGGUGCAGGACCUCAUUGACGGCAAGGCGGACGUAAACCAGCAGACCCAUACCGGAUCCACCGCCCUUAUGAUGACCGCGGUCUCCGGCAACGUGGCCUCUGCAAGAGAGCUCUUGGAUGCAGACGCGGACCCUGACCUUACGGAGUUCUCCGGGUUUUCGCCCUUGAUGGUUGCGGCAGACAACAACCAUCUGAAGAUGGCUCAUGUCCUGGUAGAUCGGGGAGCCAGGACGGAGCUGGUCGCGCGGACGGGGCAGAGUGCUAUGCAGGUUGCCAUGGCCAAGGACUACGAAGACUUGGUGCGCUACUUGAGGAGUGUCACGCCGGUGGGAUGGGGACUGACCCGCACGAUUUUGCAAACCAACGAGUUUUGGUACCACAUCGUAGGUGGCCUCGCGGCCGGUGUGGUAGCGGGCAGUGCAAUCUACACCUUCACGCACCAGGAAGACGUUUCUGCGAAGUCGCAAAGUGCUUGGUCAGGGAGCUGCCGCCUGGCACUCAAGACCGUCGCUGGGAGCCAGGUAUUGGGGCAGGCGUUUCGCUGUCUGGAGGUGAUCGCCUGCAUCAUUAUGCCACUGGGAGUUGCCAUGAUGUGGAUUGAUGCCUUCAAGUUUAUCCCUCUCUUCUUCCUCUUCUAUGUGCUUCCGCCUUUAGUAGCCGGGACCCCGAUCUGGCAGCCGGCUCUUUUACUCAUUGGGGCCCCAAGAGGAGCAGGCAUCUUCGAUCGGCGUCUGCCGCGUGUCCUGGCCACUGCAGUGCUCCUGACACUCACGGCCUACCAGACGUACCACUGCGAAGAUCAGAUCAAGUUCUAUAGCAAAGGGGACAUGAGUGUGGAACCUGAAAUGGCUGGCUUUCCGGCUACCAUCAUGGUGCACUUCCCUUGGUUGUUGAACAGGGCCUCAAGCAUGCUGGUCUGCCCCAGCUUCAACCACAUGCCCUCCGCGCAGAUGAACGUCAGCCUGCCCAUCCCGUUGCCAGGUUUGCGGGAGCUCUUCUUCACCUACCAGUGCAUGACUUGGAUCCUGAGUCUCCUUUGGCUUCUCCUCGUCGUCUUGGACAUGGCAGGCUUGCUCCCACAGGCGUCGCCCAACCUGGAGCGCGUGCUGUCGUUGGCCCACCAGAUCGAGGCAACCAGGGACAGGAAGGAGCUGCGGUUCCGGUGGGGUCGGUAUGGUUCUCCUAAUCCGUAG